ACGGUUUCCGGUAUAUCAUUUUGUUUACGUUCAAAUCGUAUAAUAACAAGUAAAAAUCAUGGAUAAAUUUGAUACAAAUGAUGAAGAAUCUGUACACAUGCUUGAGGGAACUUCUGGCAAAGAAAUAGGGGGCUUAGUUGUUAUGAAAAAAGGCCCUUCGAACAACAAGGAAUCAUUUAAAUUUACAAAACCAUCCGUUUCGUUACUAGGAUUGGAUAGGUUAGCAGCCGAGAAACGAUUAAGUCAGCAAAAUGAAAAUCGUUCGAGUAAAAAAUCCAAGAUUAUGUCUUUUAGAGAUGAAAAUGAUGAAGAUAGUAGUGAUGAUGAUGAUGACGAAAAUGAAAAUGCCACAAGCAGACAUGGGAAUCGCAAAGAUCGCCACUAUCGACGGAAUAAAGAAGAGACUCCGUCCCAUCCAGGAGGUGUCAGUCGAGCUGCUAAAGAGAGACAUGAUCGUCACCAUAGGGAUAGGGAUAGAGGUGUUUAUGCGUCCUCUAAAAAAGACAAAUAUAAAAACUCACGUAAAGAUGACCGACGUCGAAGCAGAGACAGAGGUGACCGGAGUGACCGUAGUUCUAGAUCUAGAUACGAUGAUGACAGAUCAGAGAGAUCUGAUCGACCUAGACACAGGGGUCGGAGUUACAAAGACUGGGAGGAAACACCAAGUCACAGUUAUGAUGAUGAUUUAGCGACUCCAAAUAUAAAAGUUAAAGACACUCCAUCUCGAUCUAAUUGGGAGGACGACGAUUUUACUCCUCCUAUGAAAUCAAGUUGGGACCUCCUGACCCCCGGUUCCGAUUCCAAACAUGAUUCUGACAGAGACAUUCGGAGUCAUCGUUCCCAUAAAUCAGAUUCUUAUAGGUCAUCAAAGUCAGUGAAAAUGUCCGGACAUAGAAAGUACAUGGAUGAUACUCCAAAAGCUACUCCGUCAUAUAAGUAUAACUCUUGGAUGAAAAACUCUAAAAAGAUUGUUUACACACCUCGAGAGGAUAAAAAAGGUCCGAAGUUUGAAGGGGAAGAAGAUGGCUUAGAGUGGGAGGACGAACAAAAACGAUUAGAUCGCGAAUGGUACGGAAUGGAUGAAGGUUACGAUGACAAUCAUAAUCCCUUCUCCGGGACAUCGGAGGAGUACACACGGAAGAAAGAGGCUGACAUGGAAGCAAAGAAGAAAAAGCGAAUGUCCGCACGACAGAGACAGAUUAAUAAAGAUAUUGACAUGUGGGAAACCAAUCGAAUGCUGAGAAGUGGCGUCGUUACGAAAACUGAUUAUGAUGAAGAUUUCGAAGAGGACAAUGAGGCCCGAGUUCACUUGUUAGUUCAUAAUAUUGUACCCCCGUUUCUCGAUGGACGAAUUGUGUUCACUAAACAGCCUGAACCUGUCGUUCCGGUUAAAGAUCCCACUUCGGACAUGGCUAUCGUUUCUAGAAAGGGUAGUCUAGUGGUUCGGACUUUCCGUGAGCAAAAAGAACGUAAAAAAUCUCAGUUGAAACAGUGGGAAUUGGCAGGAACUCGAAUGGGGGAUGUUUUAGGUAUUGAAAAAAAGGAAGAAGAACCUGGAAAAUCUGAUGAACAAAUGGAUUUCAAAGCUGAUCACAAAUUUGCAGAUUUGAUGCAAGAUAAGACAGAAGCUGUAAGUGAAUUCGCUAAAAGAAAAUCCAUUAAAUCACAAAGAAAAUAUCUUCCUAUAUUUGCGGUGAGGAAUGAGCUGUUAAACAUUAUUCGUGACAACAGUAUCGUGAUUAUUGUUGGUGAAACGGGCUCGGGAAAAACGACACAGCUUACUCAAUAUUUGCAUGAAGACGGUUACACCAAAUAUGGACUUGUCGGUUGUACCCAACCGCGUCGUGUGGCUGCCAUGUCAGUAGCUAAAAGAGUGUCUGAAGAAAUGGAAGUUAGUUUGGGUGAAGAAGUAGGGUACGCUAUUCGAUUUGAAGAUUGUACGAAUGAGAACACGAUGAUCAAAUAUAUGACAGAUGGUAUUUUGUUACGUGAAUCUCUGCGUGAAUCAGACUUGGAUCACUAUAGUGCUGUUAUCAUGGACGAAGCUCACGAAAGAUCUUUAAAUACUGACGUUUUGUUUGGGUUACUUCGUGAUGUUGUUUCUCGGAGGCAGGACUUGAAAUUAAUUGUAACAUCUGCCACUAUGGACGCUACAAAAUUCUCAAACUUCUUUGGUAAUGUUCCCAUCUAUACCAUCCCCGGAAGAACGUUUCCUGUUGAUGUCAUGUUCAGUAAAAACCCUGUGGAGGACUAUGUUGAUGCGUCAGUUAAGCAGACGUUACAGGUGCAUCUUCAGGGUCUAGAAGGAGAUAUUCUCAUCUUCAUGCCAGGUCAGGAAGAUAUUGAAGUCACAUGUGAAUUGUUGGGUGAAAGACUGGAUGAACUAGAUGAUGCUCCACCAUUAGCAAUCUUACCAAUUUACUCUCAAUUACCCAGUGACCUCCAAGCUAAGAUUUUCCAAAAAGCUCCUGACGGUGUUCGAAAAUGUAUCGUAGCUACGAAUAUUGCUGAAACGUCUUUGACAGUAGACGGUAUAAUGUUUGUUAUCGACGCAGGAUAUUGCAAACUGAAAGUCUAUAAUCCUAAAAUUGGUAUGGACGCUUUACAGAUUUAUCCUAUUUCCCAAGCUAACGCCAAUCAGAGGUCUGGUCGAGCUGGUCGAACAGGACCGGGUCAGUGUUAUCGAUUGUACACCCAUAGACAAUACAAAGAUGAACUACUGGCUUGUACUGUCCCGGAGAUACAGAGGACCAAUCUAGCGAACGUUGUGCUGCUUCUCAAAUCUUUAGGUGUCCAGGAUCUGUUGCAGUUUCAUUUUAUGGACCCACCGCCCCAGGAUAACAUACUUAACUCCAUGUAUCAGUUGUGGAUUCUCGGAGCUCUGGACAACACUGGUUCUCUAACACCCAUGGGAAGACAGAUGGUCGAAUUCCCUCUCGAUCCAGCUCUGUCUAAAAUGAUGAUUGUGUCUUUAGACAUGGAGUGCAGUGCGGAAAUGUUAACCAUCGUGUCAAUGUUGUCCGUCCCUACAAUAUUUUACAGACCUAAGGGUCGGGAGGAGGACUCUGAUGGUGCUCGUGAAAAGUUCCAAGUUCCCGAAAGCGAUCAUUUAACGUAUCUCAAUGUUUAUCAGCAGUGGAAGCGUAACAGUUAUUCAUCAAGUUGGUGUGGUGAACAUUUUAUACACAUCAAAGCCAUGAGGAAAGUUCGCGAAGUUCGUCAACAACUGAAGGAAAUCAUGGACCAGCAGAAAAUGGACAUGAUAUCUUGCGGCAACGAGUGGGACAUUAUUCGUAAAGCCAUCUGCUCGGCGUAUUUCCACCAAGCUGCGCGAUUGAAGGGUUUAGGUGAAUAUGUGAAUUGUCGAACUGGCAUGCCGUGUCAUCUGCAUCCAACGAGCGCUCUAUUCGGCAUGGGAUACACCCCAGAUUAUAUAGUUUACCACGAACUUGUGAUGACAUCCAAGGAAUACAUGCAAUGUGUAACAGCUGUCGAUGGUCAAUGGCUGGCCGAGUUAGGACCAAUGUUUUACAGUAUUAAGGACGCGAGUAAAUCUCGAGUAGAAAGAAAGAGACAAGAGGUGGAUGAAAUGGUUGAGAUGGAGGAAGAGAUGAGAAGAGCUGAUGAACUUAUAAAAGCUAGGAAAGAACAACAAGAGAAGGCUGUUCUAUCUAGUACACGCAGUCAGAUUGCCACCCCCGGACGCCGGGAACCUGGCACACCUGGUUCCACUCCUAGAAGAACUCCGGCUAAAUUUGGAUUAUGAUUCAACGUUUAUAUCAAAUCGCGGAAUUGUUUUGAGACGGUGGCCUCAACAUAGAACACUAUACAUUACGUACCACCGGGAUUGGGCCUACAAAAUCAGUACAUGUAGAUAUUGCAUGGACACGUGGGUAUCUGUUAUUUUGGAAUUCAAUUUAUAGAAUGUGUACAAUUUAUGGUUUCACGUUUUGAAUUGAUGUGGAUAAGAAUGGAAGAGUGGAUAUUUCAAUUCAUCAGUAAACCCAGAAUUAAAACCUUCGUAUUACUGGACGGGGGAGAAUACUGGCGUUUAUUUAUAAUGUCUGCAGUGAAUUCGACCCAGACACGUGUGGUAUGCGGGGUAUUUUGCCCCGACAAAGCGUUUCCAUUUCCUCUACGUCGAGUUCCAACUCACGUGGAUGUUAACGUCUACACUGAUCCCUCGGUCCUUCGUACGUUCUCCAUGCGAGCCCCGCGCACCCCCCCCCCACCACCACGUCUGAUGGGAAAUCUGCCCGGAAUAUACAUGUCUAUAUAUGUAGACUACUAACUUGGUUUUAUGUGUAAUCGUUUGUGAUUUUAAAAUUACAUUUUUAUAUAUGUACGAUUGUGUAAAUAUUAAACCAUGUCACAUGAUUCUUCACAACUCCCCAAAAAUAUAUUCUAUAGAUUCUAUAUGACAUUUCUUCGCACCUGGUGCGUGUUGGGUUUGGGGGAGGGUGAUUGAAAUUUUAGAGAUGAAAUGAAGUGUGAUGUAACGUCAACCGGGAUAAUGAAGAUGGGCAUCCGCCACGCAGUUUGCUAUGAAGAAAACAUUUCCCUAGCGGGUUUAUAUUCGUCUUAUUUCCAUUUUCAAAUGUCACGUGAUCUUUACCAUGCUGCUGAAUGACACGUGGUGAUCAUUAGCAUGCUGCCAAAUAACACGAGAUCUUUACCAUGCUGCAAGAUGACACGUGAUCUUUACCAUGCCGCAGAAUGACUCUUGUCAUUGAUUCAACUAGCGUGGUUUCAAAUCCCCGGUUGUACGUGACAAGGAGUAGUGUAGCCUGUCCAACCUCGUGGGUUUUCUCCGGGUCGUCCGGUUUCCUCCCACUGCUAAAGACAUCUACGCGCAAGUCAGAACAGUAGGACGUUAAACCCCAUUUCAUUUCAUUUCUACGCGCAAGCGAAUUAUAGAAAUAGAAUUGAACCAUGUGUUAGUCCCGAAAUGACCUAGUAUGUGUCGAGUGGACGUUAAACCCCAUUCUCUCUCUCUCUCUCUCUCUCUCUCUCUCUCUCUCUCUCUCACUUGAUCUUUACCAUGCAAAAUGACACGUGAUCUUUACCAUGCUGCUAAAGGAAACGUGAUCUUUACCAUGUUGAAAAAUGACACGUGAUCUUUACCAUGCUGCAAAAUGACACGUGAUCAUUACCAUGGUGCCAAAUGACACGUGAUCAUGGCUGUGGAAUAGUCUUAUACACGUGACUUAGGGUUUUCGUUCUAACAACUAAUCGCUUUUCUAUACUAACGCAGACACGGGGUAUCGUAAAUGAUUGUCGUAUUUGUCCUAGGAUAGCGUGACUCUGUGUUCAAAAUGGGAGCCACAGUGGCCCGGUGAGUAACACGAAAAGAAAAAAAACUCCAGGAAAUAAACCCACGCUGGCUCACUAACCCAGAGUUCCCCAGGCCGAUCGCGGUGUUGGCCGAGAAAGUUCAUUGGGAUUUAUCGGCGUGGUUCCCCCUUGCCAUUGAUGCAGAUGGUGCUGUGAACACAAUAAAAACCAAUAUUAAUAAAAAUGGCCAGAAUUUAUGAUAUGGAUAAUUGUUGAGCCAAAUUUUUCUGUAAUAAAAAUAUUUUACGUAUUA